AUAACUUUAUGAAUAAUUAAAAAUUUCCAGUGCUGCUGUGGUUGUAGUUGCUUAGACUAAGCAGGUCAGUGUAGCAUUUGAAAGCUGAUCUAGAGGAAGAUACCAAACAACAACUUCACAGCAUCUCAGAACCGAUGAACUGAUAUUUCCGAGCAGUGACUUUAGGUGCUCUUCAAAAUCGCAGGAUUGUCUAAAAGACACAGAUAACCAGUGUAGCCAUGUCACAGUCCUGAAACUCACAGCUUUGUGUUUGUAGACAUUUUCUGAAAUGCAUCAAUUCACACAGAUUUUUGGGUCAGCUCCCUUUACUGGCACCAAUGUCAGAGCUGCACAGGAUGUAGCUGUGGUUACACUCCCACAAAGGUCCCCCAAAUACAACGAGUCAGUGGAAACCUGCAUGAGUGUCUUUUCUGCCAGUGAAAUAAUAGCAAAAAGCAAUUCUAAAUUAUUUACUGAAAUUGUUUAUGCACUUAGAUCCAUUAAAACAUAAGAAAACAUAAAAGUUACAUUUCAUUAUAUAAUUUAAGUUUCUAGGUUUAUUUGUCCUUCUGUCAUCACAUCACAACAAAAGUGCUGAGUACAAUUUGGUCGCAACAAAGCAAAAUGACAAAAAUAAUUGUUUCCAGCAAGUCAUUGUGCAAACCAUAAGAAGUACAGAAUUUUACACCACAGUUCACCUGUUUCCUUAGUAGGACAUGUUGUGUCACUUGAUGCUAGCCAAUCCUGUACAGUCAUGUCUCUUAAAAGUGGAAAAAGUUCAACCUUCCUUUCAUUCGAACUGUUAAUCAGACACAAUGACUUCUGAACCUCUGGUCUUCUGUCUCACAUGUUUGCUUCUGGGACAAAUGGCUCCACCGUCUGUCCUGACAUCUUCUCCUCUUCAUCUAAAGAGCAGCUUUAUAACAGCUGCCCCUGGAGGUGAGGUGACCUUACGUUGUUCCUAUGAAGGCGAUGAGUCAGCGUGGAUCUGCUGGUACAAACAAACUCUGGGACAGAAUCCAAAACUCAUCUCUAGUUUCUUUGUGUAUAGUCUGGAAAACGUUUUCUAUGGAGAAUUCGAGAACAAUUCCAGAUUUACUCUGAUUAGAAAAAAACAAACAACAAACCUGAUCAUUUCUAACCUGAAGAUGUCAGAUUCAGCCACUUACUACUGCGCAUUCGCCUACGCACAAAUUGUGAGCUUUUCAGAAGGUGCAACAGUCAUUAUUAAAGAUCCAGGUUCUGACAUCCGACCUUCGGUCCUUCAGUCAGAACCUGAGAGCGUUCGGCCAGGAGACACCGUGACUCUGAACUGUUCAGUACAAACUGGGAGCUGUGGUGGAGAACAAAGCAUUUACUGGUUGAGGAAGUCUGAAGAAUCCCACCCAGGACUCAUUUACACUCAUGGAGGCAAGAGAGACCGAUGUGAGAGAAAUACCAACACACCAACACACACGUGUGUGUACAGCCUGCCUCUUAAGGACCUGACCGUGUCAGAUGCUGGGACCUACUAUUGUGUCGUUAGUUCCAGUGGGCAGAUCGUGUUUGGAAACGGAACCAGACUGACACUCAUGAGCGAGGGAAAAUUCUUGGUGCAUUUUGUGACUGGAUCGUUGGCUGGUCUCUUCCUUGUUUUCAUUAUUUUCAUAGUAUACAGGUUGAAAAAUAAACACACCAACCAAGCUGCAGAGCCAAGAAUUCUGGAUCCAACUUCAUCCACAACAACAGAACAGGGCACCAGCCAACCUACAGCCAGCCUCCAUUAUUCAUCUGUAGAUGUAAACCGGUUCAGCAGGUCCAGGAGAAAAAUGAGCAGCAACUGAGAAAGAGAUUACCUCCAGCAUAGGCUGGAGAAAAUAUACUUCAUUUGGUAGGUUUGGGAGCAAGUCUUACAAUGAGUUUGCACUUGUUGUGGUUGGUCAGACAUUAAUAUAAACAGAUAACAUCCAAUUUAAAUUCUAUGAAUUGAUCUAUUUU